AUGUGUCUCCAACGGGACGAAGAUGAUGGUGACCAUAUAAAUGAUUUGAGACCAAUGGUGCAACUACCUGUUCUGGGUCCGGAGCCGGCACUGAACUCAAGCCCGGGCGGUGCUGCCAAGCCGCCGCUACUCAACUCAUUCGAGCUGGACCGCUGUUUGGACCGAGAGGAGUCCGGCAGGUGGGGCGACGCGGCGCGCCGGCGCCGGCGUAGCUCGCCGCCACGCCGCGCCUCACCCCCUCGGGACAAUGAGCCCCUCUCGCUGGCCAGGGCGUCAGCGCCGACGUCGCCUACCGGAGGCUCUGCCCACUCCAGUCCAGCCCCGGUAUCUCCUGCCGGUAGUGCUGGCGGCCCUGGCCCCAGGUCCCCGCUGCCGUUGGUCGCACCAGAUCUGCUCGCGAUGCAACUCCUCGACCAGCACUCGCAGCUGCAGGCGCUGAUGAAGCAGCGCUUAUUCCAUCAACACCACAUGCAGAAGCAGCACAUGUCUUCGGAAGCGGCGAAGAGGCAGCUAGAGCAAUCGCGGUUGCAGGAUCAGAUCAAUCUGAAUCUCCUCUCGCAAUCCCACAUGCAGCCGCCCGAUACAUCGCCUGUUCUCCCUCCAGGAUCUCUUCAGCAACAGCUGGGGGCCCAGCAGCAACAGCUGGUGCAGCAGCUGCAAGCUGUUCAGCGCCAAUACUUGAUGCACGGGCCCCUGUCGGUGCCACCAAACGCACCACCAGGUCUGAUGCUGUGGGGGAGUGAGAUGGAGGAACACCCACUUUUCGGGCGCGGGGUCUGCAAGUGGCCCGGUUGCGACGCGCUCGCCGAUGAUUAUCAAGCAUUCCUAAAGCACCUGGAGGCGGCGCACACGCUGGACGACCGGUCGGCCGCCCAGGCCCGCGUGCAGAUGCAGGUGGUGGCCCAGCUGGAGCUGCAGCUGCGCCGCGAGAGGGACCGCCUGGCGGCCAUGAUGCGCCACCUGCACGCCGCCAGGGACACCCACCACAAACUGCCACACGGCGGUGCUAGCGAGGGCGCCUCUCCUGGUCCGGUCAGGCGACGAGUCUCCGACAAGUCUGGUGUUGCCAUUGCCGGAGAGAUACAGCGCAACCGCGAGUUUUACAAGUCGGCUGACGUCCGACCCCCGUUCACUUACGCCUCGCUCAUCCGCCAGGCGAUAAUCGAAUCUCCGGACAAGCAGCUCACAUUGAACGAGAUCUACAACUGGUUCCAAAGCACCUUCUGCUAUUUCCGACGGAACGCGGCGACCUGGAAGAACGCGGUACGGCACAACCUGUCGCUGCACAAGUGCUUCAUGCGGGUGGAGAACGUUAAGGGCGCCGUGUGGACCGUCGACGAGGUGGAGUUCUACAAGCGGCGGCCGCAGCGCGCCGCGCACGCUCCGCCAAUGCACGCGGGGUUCAUGGGAGCACAAAGCCCUCCAAUGAUGACUAGCCCCCACGGUUACAGCGAGGCUCUAAAACGAAAUCUUCAGGGCAUGAUGGAAGACUGUAACCUGUCGUACAUCUCCGGCGAGGAUCACAUGAUGCAACCGGAGGAGUAUCCGUCGUCGCACGAUGAUUAUAGCCGGCCUCAGAUGAUGAACGGCUACGGCAGCAGCAGCUCCAGCCAUGACGCGAAGGCAGAAGACCUCAGCGCCAACGAGGGCCAAGACAUCAAGCCGAACAUCUACGCCCUGAAGAAUGAGAUGCAGGCUUCGGACUACUCCAAUAAAGAUUACACAAACAAGGAGCCUAGCGGCAACCGCUCUAGCGAGCCCAGCCCUUACGAGGACUACUCCCGCCCCGAAGACAGAUAUCGCCCCUCAAUGUCCCACAUCAAGGACGAGGCCGAGAACCUGUCGCUCAACGAGCAGCGAUCCGACAAA